ACCACAAACCUACUCUUCCCGGUUCCCUAACAUGAUCAAGCUAUGGGAACUGCGUUCUGUAGCAUUUGCAAGGGCGGUUUUUGCAGAAUUUUUUGCUACUCUUUUAUUUGUUUUAUUUGGUUUAGGGUCAGCCUUAAACUGGCCAGGAACAAGUCCAAAUGUCCUUCAGAUUUCCUUGGCCUUUGGUCUUGGCAUAGGCACCUUGAUUCAGGCUUUUGGCCAUGUAAGUGGUGCCCACAUAAACCCAGCUGUAACCCUGGCCUUUAUGGUGGGUUCUCAGAUGUCCUUCUUGCGGGCCGUGUUUUAUGUCGGAGCUCAGCUGCUGGGAGCUGUUUCUGGAGCAGCCAUACUUCAAGACCUUACUCCUUUGGAAGCUAGAGGAAACUUAUCAAUAAAUGGGUUAUUUAAUAACACGGAUGCUGGAAAGGCUUUUACUAUUGAGCUUUUGCUAACUCUUCAGCUGGUUCUAUGUAUAUUUGCCUCCACUGAUGAUCGAAGGACCGAUAAUAUGGGAUCUCCAGCUCUGUCUAUUGGUUUUUCUGUGACUUUUGGACACCUACUUGGAAUCCAUUACACCGGCUGCUCCAUGAAUCCAGCAAGAUCUUUUGCACCUGCAGUUAUAACAGGAAACUUUACCGCUCACUGGGUGUUCUGGUUCGGACCAAUGCUUGGUGCUGUUUUAGGAUCGUUAAUCUAUCACUAUAUUCUUAUUCCAAACACCAAGACCUUUUCAGAGAAGCUGGCAAUCCUACGAGGAGAGUUGGAACUUGAAGAAGACUGGGAAGAGAGGGACAUACGGAGAAGACAGUCCGUAGAGUUACACUCACCACAGACAAUGCCAAGGAUUGGGAUGACAGAGAAAGUUUAACCGCAAUGUGAGGAAUCAUCAACUGCACUUAGAAAAUAGUCAUUAAACCUAAAUGACAAACAGUUUAGUUGGUUACAAGUUUAGUAAUACAUAUUGGUUACCAAAGUAAUUAUUAAUAUUCUUUAGUCAGGGCAAAUGACAUAAUAACACAAAGCAAUGGCCAUGUGUCUGUGAACAUAUAUUGUAUAGUCAUAUAUUAUUGAAUCUGGAAGGACAGCCCUGGUUUUAUACAUUUGCGAUGCCACCUAAUAACUGCAUUCCCAGUCACAAGCUACUAAUUGCACUCCAUUUGGCAUUUGGUUAGCCCUUCUGCUCAUUUUGCACAUAUUGGGGCAGAUCCUCAAAGAAAUUACGCCGGCGUAUC